GGGUGUUGGUGAUUACUACACCUACCCUAGUCACGUGCCACCCCAACCUAUUCAUUUAGUGUAACUCGCGUAGUUAGAUUACAACACAACAACGUUAUCCUCCAAGACCCUAACCCAUGACUCACACACACAUAUAUAUGUAUAUUAGUUGCUAUCCUCCGUACAUCCUCCUACAUCCUCCUCCUACGCUCCCUGUUUCUUCACGGCACGUCAUUUCCACAAGGCAAAGAGAUUUUUUUCCUCCUGGCACAACGCAGCCAUCAGAUCAUCCAACAUGGCCUCUAAUAAGUGCGAUCGUGCGGAAUUGCAGCGUCCACUGGCUGAAGCAAUACGGGCACGACUGGAAGCUAAACAAGAACGACUGAAAGCUCAACGAGCACGACUGAAAGCUCAACGAGCACGACUGAAAGCUAAACAAGCACGACUGAAAGCUAAACAAGAAAGACUGAAAGCUGAACAAAAGUACGCCGAAGAAAAGGAGCGAGUCGACCAAUUAAGGGCGAACAUAGCACCGACAAAUCUUGAAAUAUAUCUCCAACUUGUCCAACAGUGGCUUGUGUCGAUGCUGUCUAUCGAACCAGACCCUGAUAAAACUUCAACUGGCUCUGUUACAUCAGUGGACGGGAAGUACUAUCCACUAGAGCUUUAUGUAUGGGAUGAUUUUCCACAUAACGAAACCUUUGACAAGUUUAUGAACCUCUUCUCACACAAGCCACUUUUUCCUUCUAAAACCGAUGUUCUCGGUGUCCAGGGCGACCUCUCGCUCAAUCCCUGGAGGAAUGAAUAUGACAUUCGACCCCUUAUUCGGAGUGCCAUUGAGAAACCGGCGCACCGUGUUGUGACAGCUUAUCUUGAACAGUCUGGCAAAGCGGAUCGAUUUUUCUUCAUGGACUAUGCUCAUAGCCUGGACAACAGGGCCCCACAGGAGCAAUCUGACAAAUGCAAAGUCUCAUCAUCUUCCCAGAAACAGUCCCAGUCCCCUGAACACAAAAAUACCAAGCCAAUUCCUGAUCGUUGGGGCAUCUAUGAAUUCUUGUCUAGAGAUGUUCGCCAUGUGUGUGUGGGGGAAUAUAAAAUAGCUCGUAAGAUACACACUGAAGAAAUCAAACAAAUCCUAACCUCUUCGUCUGCAAACCUAUUUCUGGAGGUUCUUCGCCGAAAACAGUCUGGGUUUGUCAACUCUGAUAUAGAGAAAACUCAGGAGAAGGUAGCACAGAUUCUGUGUCAGACAUUCCAUUACAUGAUCACAAGUGGCCUUUUAUAUGGAUAUAUUAUAUUGGGAGAGACUCUGAUCUUUCUGAAGAUUGAAAAUUCCUCACCUCAGAAGCUGUAUUUCUAUCUCACCCCCCAGGUAGUCACUGAGACUGAGUCCCCCCAUGAAUUUGAGAUUCGAAAUGCUCCAGCUGCCCAGCUGGCAACUUUUGCAACUGUGGCUCUCCAUUCAAAAGAGAUAUCCCGCGAUUGGAUUACCAAAGCUCAAAACUGUGGCAUCUGUCGAUGGCCUCUCCUUCCCCCUAGUCCUCUUAUACAGGGUGCCAUGCUGCAACCUCAAGGGUUUGAUGAAGAUCCAAGUCAGAGUAGUGAAGACGAAGAUGAAGACUCCAGAGACAGCAAUUACAAUCCACCAACUGAGAGACAAGCAAAGACUCAAUCCCAGCAAAACCAACAAAUCAGUCAACGCCGGCAAUCUACUCAUCAACGAAACAUGACUCAGCGACCGAUUCUACCAUAUUGCACGCAGGCUUGUCUUCUCGGCCUUGUUAAAGCUUUGCCUCUUGACCUAAGUUGCCCCAAUGCUACCCUACAUCAACAGGGCCAGGCGUCCAAGAGGCAUCUUGUUAUCAAGGAAGACCUCUGUUCCCUUAUCAAGGGGCAGCUUGCCUGCAGUCUUGAUGAAGACUGUGAAUGCCUAGAUCGAGAGGGUUUAUUUGGGAGAAUCGGUGUGCUCUUCAAAAUCACCUUGACCAAAUAUGGAUAUACCUUUGUGGCCAAAGGUGUGCAGAGUGUGGAUGAGUCUUAUCUUGCUCAUGAAGCUUGUGUCUAUGCUCACUUAUCUCAUCUACAAGGAAUUAAAGUCCCAGUCUUUCUGGGAAACAUUACCCUUGAGCAGCCAUAUCCCCUUGUCAGUCUUGCACUUGUCACAAAGAUGAUGUUGAUGUCUUGGGCUGGGUGUAGUAUAGGGAUGAAUAGCUGGCCAGAAGAUGUUAAUAUUGAGAAGGAAAAGGAGGAGACACUACAUGCAUUGACGUCCUCUGGCAUCAGCCACAAUGACAUCAGAACUGCGAAUCUGGUUUGGAACCCUGAGCGAAAACAGGUGAUGGCAAUUGAUUUUGAUCAGGCUACGAUUCACCACAAUAAAUGAAAGGCAUUUAUCCACCUUCAGGCGUCGCCAAGGCGGAAAAUGAUUGGGAAUUGAGGUAAACAAAAGACAUCAGGCGGGUCUCAUCCAGGGAUGAGAGAGCUUUGGCAAGGAGGAUAUGUAUGGGCCCUGCGAGUCUUGAAGACUAAGUGUCUUACUGCCGGUAGUCUGUUCCUAGAAUGGCACUGUCCUAUUGUUGCCAGCUCCUCUCUUUUCUUUUUGAUGGCUUUUUAUCUUUACAAGCCUGCCACGGUCGCCCGGUUUGGUGGAUUGUAUUUGGGGGAUUUAACAGGUUUUUCUAGAAAAUUGGCUGUAUCAGCUUGGGGGGAUACAUGGAAUUCUAUAUGUUGAGCAAAAUGAGAGCAAUAGGUCCGGGUGCGUUGCUAGGAUGAUGUUGGUAGAGAAUGUUAUCGGACUCGAAUCCUGCAUUGUAUUGGACUUUCAACAAAAUGAGAGAGCCCUGCAAACACAACAUGACGGCCUAUCCCUAUCCCCACCCCUGGCGGACAUUGCAUUCUAAUAUGUGUGUAUGUGAACAAUUGUUGACGCGAGAUGUUCUGGCGUUGGUUGAAGUUAUAAUACUCUGUAGUGUUAAGUUGUCAUUAGUUAUUAGUUGUUUUAUACUAGUUGCUGUUUAUUUCAUAGACGUAAUCCAAUCUAACUAGUUAAUUACCAGCAGGGUAACUUAGUUAUGUUGAUAUUUUAGUGCAGCUGAUGCAAUGACAGUAGUUAGUAUCCAGCUCUCAAACCUCAAUUCGCCUCUCCAAUGGCACUGCACUCUCUUUCUUCUAGUAGCGUCCCCCGCAUUGCUCUAAGCCUUUAACUAUUUAGGUCGCGCCUUCAGCCCUCGGUCUUCUUGUCCCACUCCAUCUCCCGCGUCCAGACCACGCAAGAACAAGAUCAAAACUUGGCCCCCCCGCCCUAAAUAAAAGAAAAAAAAAAAAAAAAGAAAAGAAAGAAAAGAAA